CCCCAAAAUGAAAAUGACAGAUGCCGAAAAUUUCUUUUCGAAAGCUCUGCGACAGUUUGCCCGAGCUACUGCAGCUUCAAAUCCAGCUCCAAUUGAAAAGGUAACAAGGCUUUUAGAUCUUUGUCCAAGGGAGACAACAAAAGGAUUUCGUUUUGACAAACGUGGACAAGAUGCAGUGAUAGCUCUAGGUAUAUUCUUUAUAGAGUCUGGAUUACAGUAUAAAGACAAGAUUUUGCCAUAUUUACUGAAUGUUUUGCAAGGUCUAACUAAAGCAAAGUGGGUCGGCAUAGAAAAACCUGUACAUGGGAGAAUUUUACCCUCCUCCGAAUGUUUUAGUUUCUGUCUCAACACCAUACUGAGUGAUGUGGCCUAUGAAGAUUCAGAUUCCAGGGAACAGAUCAUAUCAUGUCAGCUUGAAGUGUUAGAAGUUAUAACAAAACUUUGUGAAGGUAGCAAAUAUGAUAUCCCAAAAGGCCACCAGGGGUAUUAUAAUGACCCAACAGACAUUUUGUGUUCAGCAACAGUACCUAUCCUUAUUGGUAUGGCUCGUGCAAUUGGAAGAUCCUCUGAUGACGAAACCAACUUGAUUUCCAAAUUAUUUCCACCAGAAAACAUUGUCAAAGCCCCUACAUCAGUACAAGAUGAAGUUCCUAAAGAAAAGACAUUUAGUAGCUUUAGACCUAUCCUGCCUCGUACUUUAUCUUCUCAUGUCCUCAAUCUGGACUCUUCUGGUCCAUCAAGUCCCACAAUGCAUCAGAGUUUUGAAGCUUUAUGUUCAAGGUCAAGAGAAAGGUCACCUACCCCUAUGUUGCCACAGAAACAAGAGAAAAAAGAAAACACUGUUGAUGACACUGUUCAUUAUUUCAACAAAAUAGGAUCAAAUUUUACAAAAACAAAGCCGUGGGGAUUUGAAGUUUUACCUGAACAUCCAGAGGAGGAACAUUUAAAGUUUUCCAGUGGUCAUGUACAAAGACUUGUAGCUAUUACAAAGCAUAUUCUGACAAAGGAUAUUUUAGCUCGUCUUGACUCACUAUUAACAGAUUUGUUUGCAGAAUAUUCGCCUGACAAUGGUUACAGUUGGUUUCCCUAUAAAUCAUUCAGUGAGAGUGUUACCUUGGUGAUGGUUACCAUGUUGAGAGAUGUUUUAGAGCAGGAAACAGAUUUGCCUGUCAGUUUAACAACGGAAGUACAAGACUUUGUGAAAGAUUUAUAUAGUGGUGGACAAAUAGAGAUGACCAAGAAACACUAUAGUCAUAGAGAGUUAGAUAAAGAAUUCAAUCCAUAUGAACUAACAAUAUCUAGUUCUGCAGCUUGUGUGGAUAUAUUGUUCUGGGCUGUCAGAGGGGAAUCAGAGGCAGAAAAUCUAUGUAUAAAACUAACAGAGAAGAUCAGUACCAACACAGAUAGGAAGUUCCUGCUAGCUCAUACGCCAUUACUACUUGUAGCUUUAGAGGCACUAGGGAAGCUAGCUGUGAAGUUUCCCGUUUUGGCAUCUAGUAUGUGUACAUCUUUACGAGAAUUUCUGGUAACACCGUCACCAAUACUCAGUAAACUGAACAAAUAUGCCACAUCUCAUGGUCGUAGCAGUAUUAAAAUCACUGUUACAGAUAGCACCAACUCACCAUUAUCUGGAAAGAACAAACCUUCCAAUAAAUUACUCAAGUCAUUAGAAAACUUACGGGACUGUGCAAUUAUGAAUAUCUGCAAAUGUUUGAAAGCUGGACUUAAACAGGACCCCGAAUGUGUGCAGGCAUUCCUAGCAUCAGUAUCUAACAGGCUGUAUAGAGCUGAACUGUCAGACAGGAAGAAUGGAAAGUCACCAGAAGAAAGGUGGAACCAGUUGAAGCUUGUCAUGAAAUUUAUCCGUCCCACAUCGCAAGACUUUCAACCCAGCGAUGUCGAGAGGGAAUCAAACCUGAUAUCUACCAACACGAUUCUAACAUUAGGACACAUCGCUGUGGCGCUGAAGGACACGCCAAAGACAUCAGAUUCUGUGAUGCAAAUAUUUCAGCAGAGAUUUUGUUCUCCACCAUCUUCAUUAGAUAAACUAAUUGUGGAUCAGAUGGGUUGUAUGAUAAUGGCAGGCUGUACAACAUUGUACCAUGAAAUUAUGCAGAUGUUUACCACUGUCAGUCUGGAAAGUAGUGCACCAUACAAUGAACAUGUAACUGAUGAGAAAAUUAAAGGCUAUAGACAAGUAUCACCACAUGUAAUCAAUGCCUUUGCCAACAUAGCCUCUAACAUUCAGGGGGAGAAUGAUCAAUUAGAACUACUUGUCAGGCUGUUAGAACUCUUUGUACAGAUGGGGUUAGAGGCUAAGAGAACCAGUGAGAAAGUCUCUGGUGUGAUGAAGGCUUCCAGUAGUGCAGGGAACCUGGGUGUACUGAUACCAGUUAUAGCAGUGUUAAUCAGAAGAAUGCCAAGGAUAACAGAUCCCAAGCCUCGUCUACAUAAACUAUUUAUAGAUUUCUGGCAGUAUUGUGUGGUAUUUGCCUUUGCUUCAGAUGAUUCACCAUUAUGGCCUCCUGAAUGGUUUGAAGGUGUCUGUGAGAUUGCUGUUACAUCUCCUUUCUUGAUCUCUAAAUCUCAUCUGAGAUCUGAACUACUCUAUAAUGUGGCCAUGAAGAAUGAUACAGUUACACAGGCAGAGUUGGUAGACCUAAGGAACAAUAUUUGUCAGUUAUUGGAUAACAAUGCUGAGAUAUAUUACUUAGUACAGAAGCUACAGUUUACUCAGUGUAUUUAUCUGUUGUCAGUAUAUAGGCUGGAAACACUCAGAGUAGAGUUUUCUAAUGAUGUUGAAUCAGUCCAAGGACUUUACAUGUAUCUAGAAGAAAGCACAAUAUUCAAAGACAAAGCUGGAAUGUGGAAUUGCAUCAGAGCAGUUGUAGACAAAGCAUUUGAUAAAUUUCUAGAAGCUAUGAGUGAAAAGCCAAAGACAGAGGCUAAGGAACAUGAGUUAGAUCUACUAGCACAGUUCUUACUGGUCAAGUUUAAUCACAUAUACAAAAGGAUCAGGACAGUAGCUGACAUCCACCUCUCUAGACUGGUAGAAAAAUUUCCCCAUUUGUUAUGGAGUGGUACUGUAUUGAAGACGAUGUUGGAUAUUCUACAGUUACUGUCUAACUCAUUAGAAGUGGAUCCCAAUGAAGAAGCCCCAGAGUUUGAUGUUCCUGGAACUCCUUUCAACUUUCGAGUCAGAGAUAACCUGGCAGACAGAGAGAGCACGGUUAAGGACUUCGCUGCCUACAGUAAGGAGUUAUUGAAAGAGUCAAUGAAGUGGGCUCCAAACACUACAAAGUCUCACCUGGCCCAAUACUUACAUGAAGUAGAAAAGUCCACAGAGGGACUAAAACAACACACUGGUGUGGCUCUAGCCAUGGAAAGUGUACAUACUUACGCUGGGUAUAACAGAACGGCUUCACCUUUAGCUUCUUCAACUUUAGAAAGAAGGCCAAAUAGUGUGACGAAGGACAGUUCUAGUUUUAUGGCCAAUCUCAAUCUUAGAAGUAGAUAUACUGGAGAGGUUGCUGGAAUGAAAGCUAUUUGUAAGGAUGAUCAGCUUGCUCAGUUAUUGUAUGGAGAGUUGGAGAAGGCUAUAAAGAAACAGGAGGAUGAAGCAAUUAUACAAGGAUUGUUUAGGAUCUGUGCUUUCUUAGUCAACAGUAAAGAUUGUCACAGACAUUUACUACAUUCCCUUUGUUGGACCCCAGUCAGACAGUUUACAACUAAGGCCAUGGAAGCUGCCGUCUCAUGCUGGGAGUGGUUACUGGCAGCUAGGAGAGACCUUAAUAUUGAGUUUUUCUGUGAGAUGGCAGCUGCCUGGCAGGUGACCAUUGACAAGAAGUUAGGUAUAUUCAGAGAAGACAGACCAGAGGUGGACCCACUAGCUAAGACAGAGAAUGAUACCAUUGGGCCUCAUCCUCCUGUUGUUGGACCUCAUCAGUUAUGGACCCAGUUUCUGUUUGAGAGGAUAGAGAUAGCCAAGUAUUGUAGUAAUGAUCAAGUAAGCAUCCUGACAGGUCUUCUCAAUAAAUCAUUGUCUAUAACUGUUGGCAGAAAUCCACCAAUGAUAUCUAGACAUCUGUCAGCUGUUGGUCCUAGGAUACGGAUGUUAUGUAUGGGUCUAUCUAUUCUACAAGGAGAUACAUUGCCAAACACAACCAGUAAAACUGUACUCAGAGAAAGGGUGUACGCAUCAGCACUGGAUUACUUUGCAAGAAGACCAUUAUUUCCCACACAUAAAGGAUCAGAUUUGAGAGAGGACAUUAACACAUUAAUUAAAUUCUUCAACUUGAUGCAUCAGGAUAAGAAGUACCUUUCUCAUAGCGUAGUACCUUUCUCAGCUUCAACAGAGCCUGAAGCCCAACAUUCUCUAGGUUUAUCAUGGUCUGCAGGGAUAACUCCAGAGAACAUAGCUAAGUCUAAAUGGAUGGUUCCACUGAAUGCAAGUAUCAGUGGAUAUUCAAAGAGAUCAGCCAGUAGACCUGAUCUUUACCAUACGUUAAAUAGGAUCGCUGAUUGCUCUGUAAACAAACCGUAUAAUCCUAAUUUAUUACAUGUGCCUGACACGAGGUCAGAUUUUAGUGGGACCAGGAAGUCCCAGAAUACCAGUUCAGGAUAUGUAAAGGAAUACAUUAAGAAAAGGAACCUCAUUCUGACAUUUGUUGCCUCAUUGAUAGAGUCUAUGAUCACAUGGCAUAAUCCAUUAGACAACCCAGAAAGGAAAUUCCCUGAUGAUGAUAAAGUGACAUUGUGGUUAAAUCAGCCAAUCAUUGAGAAGACAUGGAGAGAGCAUGUGAGGCUGUCAUGGGAUAUUUCUCCUCUCCUAGCUGUUUAUCUACCUCUGCGAUUUACCAAUUCUGCAAUGGUGAGUCGAGAAGUCCGGAGGUUAGUUAGGUUAAAUCCUGGUGCUGUUAGUCACAUUCCAGAAGCUGUACAUUUCCUAGUAACUCCUCAGAGUUUAGAGGCAGAGGCAAAGGAGAUAGUGCACAUAUUAACCUGGUGUAAGAUUUCUCCAGUGAAUGCCUUGUCUUACUUCUCCAGACAGUAUCCUCCACAUCCAUUGACUGCUCAAUAUGCUGUUAGAGUACUUAGAACUCAUGAACCUGAAUCUUUAUUGUUUUACAUUCCACAACUUGUUCAGGCGUUAAGGUUUGAUACUAUGGGCUAUGUGACAGAUUUUAUUUUAUGGGUAUCUAAGAAGUCUCAGUUACUGGCUCAUCAGUUAUUGUGGAACAUGCAAACUAACAAAUUUACUGAUGAAGAGGCUACAAUAAAAGAUGAGGAUAUUGGUGAUUUGUUAGACACACUGAUGGAUAAUAUAAAGAAAUCUCUAUCAGGACCGGCAUUAGAGUUUUAUGAGAGAGAGUUUGAAUUCUUUGAUGAAAUUACCUCCAUAUCAGGUAGAAUCAGACCCUUUCCAAAAGGCCCAGAGAGGAAGAAGGCUUGUUUAGAUGAAUUGAAGAAAGUAAAACUGAGACCUGGAUGUUAUUUACCCUCUAAUCCUGAAGCUAUUGUGACAGAUAUUGACUAUAAUUCUGGUACACCCAUGCAGAGCGCUGCUAAAGCACCUUUCCUGGCAAAUUUCAAAGUACAGAGAUGUGGUGUAAAUAAGUUAGAGGAACUUGGUCUAGGUCACAACAUCAAUGUUAGCAUGGGCAGUGAAUAUUGGCAGGCUUGUAUAUUUAAAGUAGGAGAUGACAUUAGACAGGAUACUCUAGCAAUUCAGUUUAUAGAAAUGUUUAAGAAUGUAUUUCAACAAUCUGGUCUGGAGAUAUUCCUGAAACCAUACAGAGUGGUGCCUACAGCUCCAGGGUGUGGUGUGAUAGAAGUGGUACCAGAUAGUAAGUCACGUGAUCAGAUAGGUAAAGAAACAGAUAUCACCUUACACCAGUACUUUAUACAGACAUAUGGUGAAGAAUACUCAUUAGAAUUCCAAAAUGCAAGGCAUAAUUUUAUUGUAAGUAUGGCUGGAUAUAGUAUUGUCUCUUACUUACUACAAUUCAAAGAUCGGCACAAUGGAAAUCUAAUGUUGAACAAACAGGGUCACAUGAUACAUAUAGACUUUGGAUUUAUGUUUGAGAGCUCUCCUGGAGGAAAUCUGGGCUGGGAACCAGAUUUAAAGUUAACAGAUGAAAUGGUAAUGAUAAUGGGAGGUAAUAUGGAGGCACCACCGUUUCAGUAUUUCUUAGAAUUAUGUGUUCAAGGAUAUUUAGCUGUUAGACCUUACCAUGAAGAAAUUGUCUCCCUUGUAUCACUGAUGUUAGAUACAGGAUUACCAUGCUUCAGAGGACAGACAAUCAAACAACUGAAAUAUAGAUUACAAAUAGACAAAAGUGAUCGAGAAGCUGCAGCUUUUCUGACGGGGAUAAUAAAGAAAUGUUAUUUAAGUUUUAGAUCAAAGUCUUACGACAUGAUUCAGUGGGUACAGAAUCAAAUACCUUAUUAAUGUAUUGUGAUAAUCGUAGAAAUAAAGUGUUUACAUAGAACAUGUAGAAUAUUGUCGGAAAAUUUUAUUAAAGUAAAAAAUAUAUUGUUUUCCUAGAACUUGUAGAAAAAAUUGUUGAACAUUUUAAUUACAGUAAAAAUAUUUUGUUUACAUUGACAAAUUUUUAAAUAACAUUCAAAAUAUUGUUCUCCUAUAAUGAUGACAGAAAUAUAUUAUGUUAUGAAUAUAUAUUGUUUAUUUUGGUUUACUUUGACAGAAAUUUUAAAGUAUUGUUUACUUUGACAGAAAUUUUAGAUAGCGUUAGAAAUAUUAUUUAAUUUAAAGAAAUUUAACUAAUUUUAAUUGUUUACUUAAGAUAACGUUAUAAAUAUUGUUCACUUUGACUGAAAUUUUAGAUAUAUUGUUAACUAACAAAAAUGACAGAAAAAUAAACUUUUGUUAUAAAUAUAUUGUUAACUCUAACAGAAAUUUGAACUAACAUUAGAAAUAUGUUGUUUACUUUGACAAAAAUUGGAAAAUAAAACAUUUGAAAUGUAUUGUUUACCAUGAAUUUUGACAGAAAUUUUAACCAAUGUUAAAAAAGUAUUGUUGACUUAGAAUACUAACUAAUUUUAGAUGAUAUUAAUAAUAUUGUAAACCUGGAAUUUCAACAGAUUUUGGCAUGGUGAGAUAAUUUCCAUUUUUAAUUGUAUUCUCAAGAUAAAGUUAUGUUACUUUUUUAACAUCCUAAAUAAAUAAAUGGCUUUUGAUUUUUUUCUCAAAAUCUUAUUGCAAAAACUUAUUAAUAUUUUUUUUUUAUUUACCUACUAAAAGUUUUACAUUAUUAUAUGUUGUCACAUGUGUAGGAAAUUUGUUAUUAUAUGUGAUAAAUCUUUGUAUUUUAUUUUUGUUUUUAAUUCAUAUAGUAUUUUAUGUU